AGCGCGGGGAAGGCGAGGGAGGCCGGGCAGCAACGCGCGAUCCUGCUCUAUCUUAGCUGAUGGUGGACACGUGCACAGAGCCCACCCGAGUCCAGAUGACGCUCAUGCCGAUGGCUUCGGUGAUGGCGGUGACCGAACCAAAAUGGGUCUCGGUCUGGGGCCGCUUCCUGUGGGUGACACUGCUGAGCAUGGUCCUGGGGUCCCUGCUGGCCCUGCUGCUGCCCACCGGGACCGUGCAGGAGCAGUGUCUGGCCAUGCUCAAAGGCUUCUACCUGUUCCGAAGCAAACUGGACAGGGCACAGAAUGCUGUCACCAAGUGCACGAGCCCCACCACAGAGCUCAGCAUCACCUCCAGGGACACAGAGCUGCUGGUGGUCAAGACUAAGGCCUCUCCCGCUGGUAAGCUGGAAGCCCGAGCAGCUCUGAACCAGGCCCUGGAAAUGAAGCGCCACGGCAAGCGGGACAAAGCCCACAAGCUCUUCCUGCACGCCCUCAAGAUGGACCCGGACUUUGUGGAUGCGCUUAAUGAAUAUGGCAUCUUCUCGGAAGAAGACAAGGACAUCGUCCAGGCGGAUUAUCUGUAUACCAGGGCGCUGACCAUCUCGCCCUACAACAAGAAAGCGCUGGUCAACCGGGACCGGACGCUGCCUCUGGUGGAGGAGAUUGACCAGAGGUACUUCAGCAUCAUCGACAGCAAAGUGAAGAAGGUCAUGUCCAUCCCUAAGGGCAACUCGGCACUGCACAGGGUCAUGGAGGAGACAUACUACCAUCACAUCUACCACACAGUAGCCAUUGAGGGCAACACCCUCACACUGUCAGAGAUCAGGCACAUCCUAGAGACCCGCUACGCUGUGCCAGGCAAGAGCCUGGAAGAGCAGAACGAGGUCAUCGGUAUGCACGCAGCCAUGAAGUACAUCAACACCACCCUGGUGUCCCGCAUAGGCUCUGUCACCAUCAGUGAUGUGCUGGAGAUCCACAGGCGGGUGCUGGGGUAUGUCGACCCAGUGGAAGCCGGCAGGUUCCGGACAACCCAGGUCCUCGUGGGACAUCACAUCCCUCCACACCCUCAAGAUGUGGAAAAGCAAAUGCAGGAGUUUGUCCAGUGGCUGAAUUCGGAAGAGGCCAUGAACCUACACCCGGUUGAGUUUGCAGCCUUAGCACACUAUAAACUGGUGUACAUCCACCCCUUCAUCGACGGCAAUGGAAGGACUUCACGCCUGCUGAUGAACCUCAUCCUGAUGCAGGCGGGCUACCCGCCUAUCACCAUUCGCAAGGAGCAGCGGUCUGAGUAUUACCAUGUGCUGGAAGUUGCCAAUGAGGGUGACGUAAGGCCUUUCAUCCGCUUCAUUGCCAAGUGCACUGAGACCACCCUAGACACCCUCCUUUUUGCCACAACUGAGUACCCAGUAGCAUUGCCGGAAGCCAAACCCAAUCAUUCUGGGUUCAAGGAGACGCUGCUGGUGAAACCCUAAC